AUGCAGAGAUUGAAUAGAACAGUUUUGUAUGGUUGGGGACAAACGCAGGCGUUACCCUUGUUGAAGGGUUCCAUGGAUAGAGUAUUGAAUAAACCUCAGCUUUUGAAACAAUUGGAUGAUUAUGCUUUACCUAAAGACGAGACUGUGACGCAUUUGGCCGCUGGUUGGGGUCAUUCUCUCCUUGGUACAGACGUGAAUAGUGUAUAUAGCUUUGGUUUGAAUAAGAGUGGACAAUUAGGAAAUGGCAAAAUUUCCAAUCGAGGUGGAUCAAAGAUCUACAGUGACAAGGAGAACAAGAUAAAAUUCUUGGCGUGCGGAAGAGAGCAUUCACAUGUUGUAACAGAAAAGAAUAAAAAAACUCAGCUGUAUUCGUUUGGCAAUAACAUGUAUGGACAAUUGGGAAUAGGAAAAAACAAGAACACGGUGCCAGGAGAGCUAGCUGCAGAAAGUACAUUACAAAAGGUGGAACUGGAUGGAGUGAUUGAGCACAUUGUCUGUGGUCUAGACAAUACUGUAUUAGCCACAGAUCAUCUUGUCUACGCUAUGGGAUGGGGUGCUGAUGGACAACUAGGACAAGGGUGUGAUGAUAAGGACAUUCCGAGUCAAGUGUCCAUCAACUGUUCAAUAAAAAAACUAUCGUCUUCAACAGAUUUCACUCUCCUACUCACAAACAAACAUACACUCUGGACCUGGGGGAACUCGGAGUAUGGUCAGGGCAUGCAGGGAAAGAAGAUUGACAGGAUUCUAGAGCCAUUAAAAGUCAACAUAGGUCGGGUGAUGGAUGUGGCAGCCGGAGGUCCUUUCUCAAUCGUCUUGACUGAGGACGGUCAUGUUCACUCAUGCGGUUAUGGCGCUCUUGGUCUUGGCCCUGAAAUGAUCGAAAGUUUAGAGUUGAAGGAAAUAAAGGGAUUAGAAAAAGUUGUCAAAGUGUACGCCUCAACAGAUUACGCAGCAGCUCUGACAGACGAUGGACAACUUUAUACAUGGGGGCUGAAUGGGCCUAGUGGUCGAUUAGGACUAGGUCAUCAUGAACAUGCGUUUGUGCCUAGUCGCGUGAAUGUAGAUAGAAAGGUGCUUGAUGUUUCUUUGGGCGUGAAUCAUGCAAUGAUUUUAUGUGAAGACGUAUAA